UCGCUACCCGCUGAGCGCUGGCUGGUGAGGCAGUUCGCCGAAGCGGUUGAUCCCUAUGAAAUAACGUCAAAGCUUGCCUCCUGAAUGGCGGAUUAACACGGCUAUCGGAAGGGACGCUCUAAAUCAAUGCUUGUGACUCGGGCGGUUUUUGGGAGUGCGUUGCCAACACCCUCCGUAACAUGUGAGAUGUGCAGAGAAACAUAUUAACUGUGCGUUAUUUCGGCUAACUAGCUAGCAGCUUUCCCCCCCACCCCCCAUGUCUCAAUCCAAUUAAUGGUAGCUCGCUCGGGGCUGUUUUCUUCAAGCGUCGCGUCUGUAACGGGGGGUGGGAAAUGAAGAAGUUUAACAUCAGGAAGGUGCUGGACGGCUUGACAGCGGCGUCUUCCUCCUCCUCCUCCUCCUCCUCCUCAGCAACUGCUCAGCCGGGUACUCCCAGGGAAAACGAUCUCGUCCAGGAGACUCUCCAGUCGGAACAUUUCCAGCUGUGCAAGACUGUGCGUCAUGGCUUUCCAUAUCAACCGUCAUCGAUGGCUUUUGACCCCGUGCAGAAAAUCCUGGCCGUCGGGACUCAGUCCGGAGCUUUGAGGCUGUUCGGCCGUGCGGGCGUGGAGUGCUACUGUCAGCAUGAGAGCGGGGCUGCUGUCAUCCAGCUCCAGUUCCUCAUCAAUGAGGGGGCGCUGGUGAGUGCCUUAGCUGAUGACAGCAUCCAUCUGUGGAACCUGAGGCAAAAAAUCCCAGCGAUCCUGCAUUCGCUCAAGUUUAACCGGGAGAGAAUCACAUACUGCCACCUGCCCUUCCAGAGCAAAUGGCUGUACAUCGGCUCAGAGCGAGGAAACAUCCACAUCGUCAAUGUGGAGUCCUUCACCCUCUCAGGCUAUGUCAUCAUGUGGAACAAAGCCAUCGAAUUAUCCACCAAGACACACCCAGGGCCUGUUGUGCACAUUAGUGAUAACCCCAUGGACGAGGGCAAGCUUCUGAUUGGAUUUGAGUGCGGAGUCGUGGUGUUGUGGGAUUUGAAGUCCAAGAAAGCUGACUACCGCUACAAUUAUGAUGAGGCGAUUCACUCGGUUGAUUGGCACCACGAGGGGAAACAGUUUGUCUGCAGCCACUCCGAUGGCACUCUGACCACGUGGAAUAUACGCGCCCCGGCCAAGCCUGCACAGAUCAUCACGCCACAUGGAAAGCAGCCUAAGGAUGGAAAAAAGCCAGAGCCGUGCAAGCCAAUCCUAAAAGUGGAGUACAAAACUACAAGAGCUGGGGACCCGUUCAUGGUUCUGUCCGGCGGGCUGUCGUACGACACAGUGGGGAGGAGAGCCUGUUUGACCGUGAUGCACGGAAAGAGCACUGCCGUCCUGGAGAUGGACUAUCCGAUUGUAGAUUUCCUAACACUCUGCGAAACUCCAUAUCCAAACGACUUUCAGGAGCCUUACGCUGUGGUGGUCCUCCUCGAGAAGGAUUUAGUUGUAAUUGAUCUUGGACAAAUUGGGUAUCCGAUAUUUGAGAGCCCCUACCCUCUCUCCAUCCACGAGUCACCGGUGACGUGUUGCGAGUAUUUUGCAGACUGCCCCUCUGAACUCAUUCCUGCACUUUACUCUGUCGGCAGUCGGCAAAAGCGACAAGGCUACAGCAAGAAGGAAUGGCCCAUUAGUGGUGGAAACUGGGGCCAAGGCACACAGACUUACCCAGAGAUUAUCAUCACAGGGCACGCCGAUGGCUCAAUCAAAUUUUGGGAUGCUUCUGCAUUAAUGCUUCAGGUGCUGUACAAGCUGAAGACUGCCAAGAUGUUCGAGAGGGCCCGGGGUAAGGAGGAGAAGCCGAGCUCCGACAUCGUGGACGAAGAUCCGUUUGCCAUCCAGACCUUGUUCUGGUGUCCGGAGAGCAGGAUGCUGUGCGUGGCUGGAGUUUCUGCUCACGUCAUCAUUUACAGGUUCAGCAAACAGGAAGUCACCACUGAAGUUGUUCAGCUUUUGGAGAUUCGGAUGCAGUGCGAGUUCAGCGAGGUCGACUCCCCGGAUCCGGGGGGAGCGCAGACCCCCACCCUGCCAACCUCUGCAGCUUCCUCCAGCCCUCAGGAGGCCGAGCCCCCAAACCAGCUCACUGCAGGCGUCAAUUCCUCCGACGGAGCUAGAGACAAUAUACCAUGCCUUCAGGUGCGGAGCGCCCCGCUGAAGCAGUCUCCGGGCUACCAGGUGGAGCUGGUGGUCCAGCUGGUGUGGGUGAGCGGGGAGCCGCCUCAGCCGAUCACCAGCCUGGCAGUCAACUCCUCCUUCGGCCUGGUGGUGUUCGGGAACAGCAACGGUCUGGCGGUGGUGGACUACGUCCAGAAGACCCUGCUGCUCAACCUGGGCAUCUCGGAGCUCUACAGCCCGUCGGACCCCUGCCAGAGGCAGCCCCGCUCCCCGCGGAAACCACGCCAGCCUUCUGGAGACAUUCCAACUGCUUCGUCUCACAUGUCCAGACUUUCUAGCUUGUAUUCUCAGUCUGUGAAAAAACUGCGCUCCUCUCACUUCCGAUUUUGCGACUCCAACGACGGGUCUAACAACUCAGAGGACCGAUGCAAAUCACCCACGUCAGGAUCUACCUCACCCUGCAAUUCAGACGAUGAACGAAAACAGAACUUCAUAGAGAAGGUGAAGUUAAAAAGCAGACGCUUUUCCAAGACGGUUGCCAAUGACUUUGCCAAGAUGUCGCGGAAAAUUAGCUCGUCUGGUGAGCAAAAGCUAGAUCAGGAGGAUUCCUCCCGCCGGUGUUCCCCUCGGUUGUGUAAACGGCCAUUUGGUAAUAUGAAAAAUGGCAAGCUGACGACCUGGAUGAUCCAGAAGUUGAAUGUGCAUAGAACUAAGUCAGACCCGCACCGAUAUGGGAAGGAUAACGCAUUCACCCGCUCGCGUAGCUCAAGCGUGACCAGCAUAGACAGAGAAUCUCGAGAGGCCAUCUCCUCCUUUUACUUCUGCGAGAGUUUCCCCAGGAAGUCGGACAGCCUGGCCAGCCCCUGUCUGCUGGUGGGGACCACGCAGGGCUCCGUGAUGAUGGUGGCCCUCAGCCUGCAGCCGGGCGGCGACCAGAAGCCCCAGCAGCCGCUCAGCUUUGCCUCCUGCGGCACCUUGGUCCAACUCAAAGGAGGCAUCCUGACCAUGGCCCUGCUGGAUGCUGCAGGAACUCUGCUGCCCCCUUCCUGCGAGGCGUGGUACGACCCCAACGCCUCGGACGAAGAGAAAGAGAAAGAGAAGACCCGGAGGCGCAGGCCGGCCACGCCUCCAGCCUCACAGGAAGGCCAGGACUCCCAGUUUGCUGUGCUGUGUUCGGAGAAGCAGGCCAAGGUUUUGGCCAUGCCGUCCCAAACCAGCAUCUACAAACACAACAUCACCGAGACCUCGUUUGUGCUGCGCGCCGACGUGGUGCAGAUGGCCGGGACUUACUGCAUCGCCUGUUUCUGUGCCAACGGCCACAUUAUGACCCUGAGCUUGCCCAGCCUGCGGCCUCUGCUGGACAUCAACUACUUGCCGCUCACAGAUAUGCGGAUAGCCAGAACGUUUUGCUUCUCUAACUUGGGCCAAGCUCUGUACAUGACCUCCCCCACCGAGUUCCAGAGGAUCACCUACAGCCAGGAGACGUGCGACAACCUUCAGGAAAUGCUCAGCGAGUUAUUUACCCCCGUGGAGACGCCGGAGGCUCCGAACAGAGGCUUUUUCAAAGGCCUUUUUGGCGGAGGAGCUCAGUCUUUGGACAGGGAAGACCUCUUCGGCGAAACGACGGCCGGCAAGGCCUCGCGUAGCCUGGCCCAGCACAUCCCGGGCCCAGGCGGCAUGGAGGGCAUGAAGGGCGCGGCGUCCGGGGUGGUGGGCGACCUCGCCCGUGCCCGGGUGGCGCUGGACGAGAGAGGGCAGAAACUGGGAGAACUGGAGGAGAGGACGGCAGCCAUGAUGGCCAGCGCGGAGUCCUUCUCGAAACACGCCCACGACAUGAUGGUGAAGUACAAAGAUAAAAAGUGGUACCAGCUCUGAUGACAGCGAGCGGAGCGCUGGACUCUGUUAUCAUGCACACCAGUAUCUCCGGGGAGCUGGGGUUCCUCCUCUUCUCUUUUUGUUUUUUCCCCUGUUUUUUCCCGCACAGGCAGGCGGGCAGGCGGGUUGGGGGUGCUCUGCUCGACAAAUUCAUGCUCUUUCUCUCAGCACAAUAAUCUUCACUCUCCAUUACUCCAGUCGACAGAGACGAGAAGCGAGCUCCUUGGCUUCUCCUCCUCCGUUUCACCCGACAGCGAUAGAUCGACGUAUAUCCACACCUGUUGCUUGUCGAGCGAAGACAGGAAGAGAGGAGGGACAAUUCUGCAAAUAUAAUGUACCCUGGGUGGCCUGGCUGCACUUUCCCCGACCCCUGUUUUUCCUUUCUAAGCCCUUUAUUGUGUCUGACAAACACAGCGAACUUAAACGAGGAGAAAAGUCUGACCCUUUGAAACGAAUCAAGUGAACAUGUGAGGUUCCACAGGAGUGACCGGGAAGGACUUGUGUUUCGUUUUUUUCUGUUCUGAAUCAUCCUUUCUCUCAGUUUUCUCCAUCUGGAAAGGGCCUUGAAGCACUUAGAGUAGUAGAGUAGAUAAAUUGGACACACAGAUGCUGGGUCUGUUGCCUCUUAACUGAACAAGGGCUGGUAGUUCAGUAGUUUGCCAUCGACCUUUUCAAAGCUACCAAGUCGCUUUUGGGCGAGAAUGUUUUCUGAGUCACUUUGGUUUUUAUUUAUGGUAGAAAAAUAUUUUGGGAUUGAAGAUUGUGUGUUGGGCAUUAAAAGUUAAGUGAGCAAAAAAAAAAAAAAAAAAAAAAGUGCUAAAAAUGUUUACCCCUAAUGAAGAGUUUACAUCGUUCUCUAACAAAUGAGUUGAGACUGUAAAUCCCCCGAGUGCUGUAGUCAGAUCUGGUGACACGCUAAACAAAGAUUGUUGGUAGUUUAACAAAAUUAAAUGUUUUGUUUUUGUUUUGGUUUGUUUUUUUUUAGAAGUGAACCUUUUUUUUCAUCCUGAAGAUGAUUUUUGUCGGUUGUUUUUUUUUUUUUUCGAUGCAUAUGGAAGAAAAAGCGUGUUUCUCUUACAGCACAAUGGAAGUGGUGAUGCCGUUUGUGUUGGUAGACAUGACCGAGCACAGUGACGUGCUCCACACAGUGCCACAGCUCGUCUCUCUAUGAACUGCUCUUUUAAACAGUUCAAAACAUCUUUUUGUUUUUGUUUGUUUGCCUUUGCCUCAUGAAUCGUGAGCGCUAGCCUCUAGCUAUGUGUACGCUACUUGCGAAAGUAUUCAUCCCUCCUGAGCUUUUCCUCAUCAAAGAAGAGUGUAGUUGUGAAGGUUUGGGAGUAUUUUUGGAUGGUUUUCAUGUUUACGAAUUCAAAUCUGGAAGUUGUGGUGUGUUUUGGUUUUCAGCCCUGUCUCUGUCAUGAUUUUUGUGGUGUGUUUGUUUUUUAACAUCUUGCCACAGAGUUUCGACGUUGACUCGAUCAUUCUAACAAAGCAUACAGCAAACCUUUGACUGUAUGCGUUGGCUCGUCGUCACUCUUCGCCACAGAACCCCGUUGCAGCCUUCGUUCAAUACUAAAAGUCCCGCAGCAUGAUACUCCCACCACCGCUGUGUUUUUAGGGUUUUUGACUCCAGUCUGCUGGAGCUUCUCCACAGUUGCGUCCCCGACCUGUCCGUUCUCUUUUUUUGGUCUUUGUGAUAUUUGUUUGCAAUCACAGAUCAGCCAUAUUUUAUUCCAAGCUUCAACUGCACACAGUUCCACUCCAUUUGCUAAUUAGGUGACUUUGGUUGCACUUUAUAUUUAGUGGUAUCAAAGAAAAAGGAGGCUGAACAGACAUUUUUUCAGAUUUUCAUUGAGAACAAUGAAGUUUGACACAGUGAAGUAUAAAAGAAAAGUUCCAAGGGGUAUGAAUACUUUUGCUAGGCGUUUGUGAAAAUGCCUACACGAAGGAAUAUGUUGUAGUAUGGCCGCUAUGUUGAUGCAGUGCAUUACAUCAAAUCUCUACAGGUUUCAUUCAGUUUUUGCUGGAGUGUUUUUGUGUGAAAAGUCUUCAAUCUUUUUGUUUCCUUUCACAAACUGCAAGGAUCUGCUGCUGUUAGACGCUGACAUAGGAAUUAGCAAAACGUCGUCAGGCCAAAUCGCUGCCAAAUGUUGUAAAUAUCGCGACGGGUUGACGCCAAUCUGAGCGCGCGAGCUUCGGCAACACUGUAAGCUUGCGGCCAUGUUGUUUUCUGACACCAAAGAGUUACCUUUAUUUCACAGAGUUGUCUUUAUUUAUGUAUUUUUUCCCCCUCCGGAAUACUGAGAGCGUAUUUUGACACUUCGUCAAAGUCUACUGUGUCCACGAAGGAGAGCAGACUGACUUUUUUGUUUGUUUUUUCGUGUAAGCACGACACUUUUCUCACCGUCUCAAUCUGCUUUGAUUAUUUUAUUUGGUUCAUAAAAGUGAGCAGCGCGAGCUGGAAGGGUUUUUUUUCCAAACUGAUUGAUCCACCGCAGAGAAAAAAUCCAGAACCGUCGGCUGGAAGAGACUGAAAUGUCUCAACCCUGCGGUGGAUUAUGUUUUCAAAGAAACCCUUCACUAGUCUGGACAGCUGGUUUUAAUCUACUCCACUUUAUACUACUGAGAUAAACCCAUGUGGAAGAGCAAAAUAUGUGGGUUUUGCACUAUUUUCUGUACUCUAUAAAAUUUUGCUAUGAUUUUUAAUGUGUCCCAUUUUCGUUUUCUUUUUUUUUUUUCUUUUUUUGGAAGGACCAAAACGUCGUAAACUUGUGCUUAUUUAUAUCAUUCACUGAUUGAUAAUUUUUUUUCAGUCUCAGAUUUUGUUCAUUAUUAAAGAAACUAUUAAAUAUUUAUAUUUUAAAACAAAAAGAAUAUAUAUAUAUAAAUAUAUACUUUUAUUUCAACAAUCUAAUAAAAUAAAUACCUUUAUGUCGUUUUGAGAUGGAGGAAGUGACGUUUAUGUCCAACCGAUGGCUCUUCAUAACGCCUCGUCAUUCAGAAACCAUUUUCCUGUCCUCUUCUGCUGGGCUGCUAGGUCCUUCCCACAAGAACUGUGGCCUCGACUUUGAAAGUGCUUCAGUUUGCAACUUGUACGUCCUAAAUGGUCUCUUACUGCACAUUGAAGGAUGCAUGAUAUUACGUGUUUACAAACUUGAAACGACCAUGUAUUAUCCCUCUUAGAGAUCGUCUGUUCUGGCAUUUGUAUUUAGCUCCACGUUGAACAAAAAUCCUGAAGUUUCCGUUUCGCCUCCCUCAUCCGGCCAUGCCAGUGGUGCGAGGGGUAGAGGGAGGGGCUGAGGGAUGAUAUAUAUAUAUAUCUCAUAUAUAUAUUAUUUUUCUCUCUCUCUGGUAUAUUUGUUAAUUUUCCUGUUAAGGUCACUGUUUGCUUCAGAGAACCUCUCGCUUUCCCCCCUUUGCGCUGUAGAAACGCGUCCCGCAGUCGAGCACCAAGCCGGAGAGCUCUCGCCAUACUUCCUUCCUUCCAUCCAUCUAUUUAUCCAUCCAGCCAUCCAUCCAUCCGUCCGUCUUCUGGGAUGAUGAACAUCUGUGGAGUUGCAGUAUUUUGUUUGGCAAAAAAAAAAAAGUUUUGUACAGUUUUAUUAAAAUCAAUUUCACAUGGAUGUCUGACUUAAUCUGCUGCCACAAACGAUUUAGACUGUAGAUACAGUAUAUAUAGAUAUCAUUGUGCAAUGUAAAAAAAAAAAUAAAUGUAAAACCCAACGUAA